AUGGCCCUCUUGACGGCCCCGUCGCGCCCCACGCCCUACCCGCCGCGUACCCUGAUCUGCCCUGCUGCGUGCCUGCCGCGCCCUGUCGUGAGCCCUACCACGCCCUGCCGCCGUUUCCGCGCCCUGCCAACGCUCCUGCCAUUGCCAGGCUCGCCGUCGCGCCCUACCGCCAUGCCUGCCGCUGCCGUGCCUGCCGCCGCCACGCCUGCCGCGCCCGCGGCUGCGCCCGCACUCGCCGUCGUACCCUACCGUAGCCGCUCCCGCGCCUGCCGCCACCACAUCUGUCGCGCUCGCACCGAUGCGGCCUGCGCUUGCAUAGAUUGCACCUACGUUUGCGCCUCGCCCGCGCUCGAUGCGCCUACCGCCGUGCUACGCCCUGCUGCGCCCGCCAUCGUGCCCUCCCGCUGCACCUGCAUCGCGCUCUACAGCCGCGCCCGUAAUACGCAUGCAGCUGCGCCUAACGCGCGGCUACCGAGCUUGGAGGCCGUGCCUCCAACUGCGCCUGCCGACCGUACCUUCUGCCCCGCCUGCCGGGAGCGCCUGCCGCAGCACUUGCCGCGUGCCUGCCGCCAUGCCUGCAGGUGCUGCCCACCUCUGCGACUGCAACCGCGAGACACCUCAUGA